CUGAUCUUGUGUGUAUAAAUAUGAUCUUCAAGAAUGUUAUGGUAUUACACAGGCUCUGUGUCAGCUUGAACAUUCUUGAUUCUGAAGGCAAGAGUUUGAAAACCAAGAUUCAUCAUGGCAAUGCUGAGAAGUGUUCUGCUUUUUUUCAUGAUCUUCUCCAUGGGGAAUGCACAAGUUGAUUUAUUCCGAAAAUUCACCUACACAUACUCGAAAAGAAACUGUCAAGCACUUGGUGCGAAUCUCGCAUCUGUGCAUAAUAAAGUGGAAAAUGAUUUCCUGCUGAGUCUGUUGCCUUCUUCUUCCAAACAAUCUUGGGGUGGUGGUCAUGAUGGUGAAAAAGAAGGACAGUGGUUGUGGAGUGAUGGAACUGCGUAUGACUAUACCAACUGGUGCCCUGGAGAACCUAACAAUCACCGUCGUGUCGAGAACUGUUUGGAGAUCAACUGGUUCUCUAAAAGUUGCUGGAACGAUGUGGCAUGUACAGUCUCAAAGAGCUAUGUUUGUUCUAUGGGCCUGUGAGAUCAUAUGUAGUCAUCCCGCUCCACAGUUACUUUGAUUGAACUAUUUACUUUUUCUGAUCUUAUCUUUACACAAAUGUUAUUCUGAAAUCAAAUUUCUUCUCAACUUUAAUCUCUUCUCUGAAAUACUCCUCAAGUUAAUAAAAGCAUUGAUAAAGCAAA